AUGGCAGACCCAAAGUUCCAGUACUUGCCUUACAUUGCUCACGAUCAACCCGACGUGUACGAAACUCCGGAUGUGAACGAAACUGAAACAUCGGAUUACGACGAGGAUGAACCCGUGAACGAUGCGAUCGAGCGAUUGCACAUCUCAACCAAGGACUCGAUCGGAAAGUUCCGCGGCAAGUACCUUACCGGUGACGUGGAUUUCUCUGAUGGCAUAGGCCGGAAGAAUCGGCUGGGCUAUGACGCACGCAGUCUCGACUACGAGCUGGCAGGCGAAGGCGAACGGGAAACUCCGUUGCAGCGUUGCCAUCGUCUAAAGUGCGAAAUGAACGAGCUGAUGGAAGAGAUCGAAGCAUCGCGUGCGGAUACUGGUCGUACGGCGGAGGAAAAAGCUUCGUACGAGACGGUGUUUGGGGUGGUCAGUACAGCGAAAAAGGUGCUAGAGAGCCUGAAGCUGGAACAGGUCAUCGGCAGCGAGGUGGUAACCGGUGGUGGUGAUGCGGAAGCGAAGAAACUAAUCGCCCAAAUCGAAGAGUACAAGAAGACGGGUGCCGUUUCGAGCAGUGAUCCGAAGAUGGUUGCAAACGAGCUGAUACAGAGUGCACGCGUGGCCCAGCUAGAACAUCGGCUGCAUCAACUGGAGGUGGCCGUGGGUGCGAAACCGGAACGUAUCAGCCGUCUAGCCGGCACAACCGGUACGGGUAAUCUAAUUGAAGCGGUACAGAACAUAUCUGCAAAGGCCGCACUGUUGCAACCGUCCCAGCUGGAUACGAUCGAGCAGCGACUGAACAAUUUGUUGCAGCAGAUGAACAGCAUACAGGAGAAGUCGAACGCAACUGGACAGGACCCCAACAGGGAACAAAAGAUCUUGGAACUUUACGAAAUUGCGAAAAGCACCGAACCGAUCGUACAGAUCCUUCCCGAUAUGUUGCACCGUAUGCAAACCUUGGAAUCGUUGCACAAAUACGCUACAAACUUUAGCAAACUGUUUGCCGAGCUGGAAACAACACAGGCUUCCAUCCUGAAUGGGGUGGCCGCCAACAAGACACUGCUCACCGGGGUCCAGGAAGCAUUCGCACAGAACUUGGAAAACGUCAACAAGGAGGUAAAGAAGCUCGAGGAACGCAUGACCAAACUGCAGCAGACGAUUAAGUAA